AACUCAAACAGCUGCGAAAUCUAAGCCGUCUAUUUUAGGGCUUAGAUAAGAAGCCUUAGUUUUAAAACCCUAAAUCACACAUUUGACGGCUCUUCCUCUCAUUCAUUCCCCGAAAACCCUUCAGACUUCUCACUCUCAGGUAAGCAAUGGUGAGGCAUAACAAUGUGAUCCCUAACGGUCACUUCAAGAAACAUUGGCAAAACUAUGUCAGGACAUGGUUUAACCAGCCCGCCCGCAAGACAAGGAGACGUAUUGCUAGGCAAGAGAAGGCCGUAAAGAUCUUCCCAAGGCCGACAGCAGGACCUCUUCGUCCAAUUGUUCAUGGUCAAACUCAGAAGUAUAACAUGAAAGUCAGGGCUGGAAAGGGUUUCUCUCUUGAAGAACUUGAGGGUGCUGGUAUCCCAAAGAAGCUUGCUCCCACUAUUGGAAUUGCAGUUGACCAUCGACGCAGGAAUCGCUCCCUAGAAGGUCUGCAAACUAAUGUGCAGAGGCUUAAGACCUACAAGGCUAAACUUGUUGUCUUCCCAAGGCACGCCAGGAAGUUCAAGGCUGGUGAUUCAACCCCAGAGGAACUCGCAAAUGCUACACAGGUCCAAGGUGAGUUCUUGCCAAUUGAGAAUGUCAAGGUACCGAUGGAUAUUGUGAGCGUUACAGCCGACAUGAAGGCUGUCAAUGCCUAUGCCAAGCUUCGUCUUGAGAGGACAAACAAACGCCACCAAGGUAUUAGACUGAAGAGGGCUGCCGAGGCCGAGAAGGAAGAGAAGAAGUAAGGAGGCUUUUGAAUUGUUUAGGGAACUUAAAAUAUUUCCGUGUCUAAAUUUUGGGUCCAAUUUUGUGUUUUUAAGAUAUUUUGCAAUACCAAAGACUUGUAGUUUCUUUGUUCCAGUAGAUUGGAUAUUUGUUAUUGGAAGCUUAAAUGCAGUUCAGUUGGCUAUGAAUGACAUUGUUGCUUGCAAUGCUUUAAAGCUUUGCUAUA